AUGGCGGUCUCUACCGGGCGCCCAAAACUCAAAACUGCGUUCAGAAAGGCGAGGACGAUCGCACCUCUUUACACGUCUGGUGCUGUAGCGAUUACAGCAGAUGGAUCGAGGCUGGUUACUUGUGUCGCCGAGGAUAUCCUCCUUACACAUGUUGAAAGCGGCGUUGAAAUAUGUCGCUUUGUAGGGGACACCCAAAUCAUCAAUUCUCUUUGCAUUACUCCUUCCUCCUCUCAUGUCAUUGUUUUCACGUCCUCGCUCUCCCUCCGAAUAUACGAACUUCCGAAGUCGGUAGACCCGUUGCAAAAGCGUAUCCCGCCCAUCCGUGUCGUUGGCCGUGCCCAUGAAGCCCCAGUCCAUGUCUGCACUGUCGAUCCAACUUCAACGUACCUCGCAUCUGGAUCCGCAGAUGGCGUUGUUAAAGUGUGGGAUAUUCUACGUGGUUAUGUCACCCACGUUUUCAAAGGUCAUGGUGGCGUCGUCAGCGCGCUGGCGUUUAACUACCCUCAAGACACUUCCUCUGUGAUGCAGACCCGGACAAUGCAUCUAAUAACGGCCUCAGUGGAUACACGAAUCCGUAUCUUCAAUCUGACAGAAGGUGCAUCUACCUCGAGUGGAGGUGGGAAACCAGAAGCAAUUCUUGAAGGACAUGUUUCUGUUCCUCGCGGCCUCGACGUUUCGGAAGAUGGAAGAUGGCUGGUCAGUGGUGGAAGGGACUCGGUUGUGUUGAUUUGGGACCUAUUGUCGAAACCGUCAACCACGAAAGGAAAGAAAACUGGCAGAACGAUAUCAUCAACACCAACUUUAAUGAAGACUAUACCAAUUCUAGAACGAGUCGAAGCGCUUGGAAUUCUACGCAGCGACGUUUCCUUUGGAGAGUCGAAGGGAGAUAUUAGUAAACUCAGGUUUUAUACCGGCGGCGAGAAAGGCGUCGUCAAGGUCUGGGGUGCAAAGAAGGGGGAGGUCCUGCAGCAGCUGGGAAAGGAACAGGUUACCGUCUCGGAUGACGUGGAGGAGCAGCGACAAAUUCUCAGUGUUUUAUACUUGCCCCCAAGCUCGACGGUGGUAUCUGUCCACGCUGAUCAAAACAUUAUCUUCCAUUCUCUCCAGGACGGCACUUUGUCCCGCCAGCUGAUUGGGUUCAACGACGAAAUCGUCGACGCCACGUUCCUUAGUUAUCCCACGUCUGCCAACGCCUCCCUACGAGAUUCGCACAUCGCGCUCGCCACCAACUCCUCUUUGAUUCGAGUCUACUCAACGAAACACGUCGACGCUCGUCUGCUGGAGGGCCACUCCGAAAUUGUCCUUGCACUAGACCAGUCUGCGAACGGGACUUUACUUGUCAGUGGAAGUAAAGACAAAAUUGCAAGAGUAUGGGCUCCCAUGGUCGAGAAUCCAGAAGAACCUCAGUCAUGGGGCUACGGUUGUGUUGCCGUCUGCGAAGGUCAUGCUGAAAGCAUAGGGGCUAUCGCGAUGGCUAGAGAAGGAGACAUGCCGAAAUUCAUGUUUACGGGCAGCCAGGAUAGGACGAUCAAGAUGUGGGACCUUGCUAACGUCCCGUUGUCCUCAACCGACAGCACAGCUGUGACGCAUUGCAAAAGUCUAACGACACACAAGGCGCAUGACAAGGACAUUAACUCGCUUGAUAUCUCGCCAAACGAUCGCUUUCUGGUUUCUGGUUCGCAGGAUCGGACGGCGAAGGUUUUCGAGAUUCAGUACGUCGUUGGAGCGGGCGGUGCCGUGCGAGGUGAACUUAAGCUGGUUGGAACAUGUAAAGGACACAAACGAGGUGUGUGGACGGUGCGAUUCGGACGAGCGGAGAGGGUACUUGCCACAGGAAGUGGAGAUAAAACGAUCAAACUAUGGAGUCUCGAUGAUUACUCGUGUCUGAAGACAUUUGAAGGUCAUACGAAUUCUGUACUGCGACUCGACUUCCUGAAUGCUGGGAUGCAACUCGUCAGCACGGCGUCUGACGGGCUUGUCAAGUUGUGGAACGUACAGGAGGAGGAGUGUGUGACAACUCUCGACAACCACGAAGACAAGGUGUGGGCACUGGCCGUGAGUACAGACGAACGGACCAUCGUAUCUGGAGCUGCGGACUCCGUAGUGACAUUUUGGGAGGAUUGCACAGAAGAAAACGAGGCCGAGAAGGAGACAAAGCGCACAGACAUGGUUCUGAAAGAUCAAGAUUUCAUGAAUUACAUUGCAUUACACGACUAUAAACGAGCCAUUCAACUUGCUCUGGCGAUGUCUCAACCUGGCCGUCUAUUUUCCCUUUUCAAGGAGGUCGGUGCUUCCCAAGAAGAAGAAGCGGUGUCGGUUUCUGGCAGCCCUGCUGUGGAUGAAGUCAUCCAGACACUCAGCGGCCCCGACCUCGCCAAACUCCUUCGCUAUGUCCGCGACUGGAAUACUAACGGGAAGACGUCUUCUGUCGCCCAACGUGUUCUCUUCUCGGCCAUGAAGCUUCGGUCCGCAGGCGACGUCAUUCAAGCCUUCGGCGAGGAGACUGUUGAAAAUGAAUUUGCCGAUGGAGAUAUCUCUCAAUCCAAGACCGCCCCCACGACGGGACGUACCGCUCUCAAGGAGCUCGUUGAGGCACUUAUUCCGUACUCCGAAAGGCAUCUUUCGAGAUUGGAGAAGCUACUGCAGGAGAGCUAUGUUGUGGACUAUAUUCUGGGCGAGAUGGACGACGGGAUGUUUGACAGCGAGUUGCUGGACGACGAUGCCAUGAAAGCGGACGCUGGCACGGCAUAA